AUGCCAACUGCUGGAAUCGGCAUGGAGAGCCGCUAUAGAGUUUUAGUACCUAUGACCAUUGACAACACCGGCACGACCUCAGCUGCAAGCACCAACAUGGAAUUUGCAUGCGAUUCACAUCAUCCGUGUGACUCCUGCAUGGCCUCGCGCGAAGCACUCGAGGUGGCAACGAAUGUGCAUAAUGCUAUUCACCAGAUCAAACUUAAUUGCGAAUGUCUGCGGAUUAAUCAGGCUUUCUUGAAGAAUGCUAUACAAAGAUACAGCAACGCUAUCAUAGCUCGUUGGAAGAAAAGAAGUCAAACAAAGCGAGCUGAGAUUCUUGAAAAGGCAUUCCCUGGUAUGCCUCAGAAAAAGUUUAGCAUCAUACAAGCACGUUAUGCAGAGGAAAACCUGGAAGCAUCGUCUCUGUGCUGCACAUUUCUGCUGCCUUAUUUGAGUGUCGAAGACCUUUCAUCCGAUCCGAUGCGGCUGCUAAGCUUGCUAUAUGUUCGAACGGAAUACGACGCUAGCACAUGGGCUGGUUUUGACCUUGAGAAUACCAAAGCUGACUGGCAUGAAGGCUUGCUCGAUAGUGUUUGUAAGAGUGCCAUGAUUGCGUAUGGUGCUCGGUAUGGCGAAAUUGUGGAAUGGGACCAAGAGCGGGUAGAUCAAGGACAUCUUAUUGCCCUUCCCCGGGCAAAUUUGCUUAUCCAAAUCCAGGCUACAUUAUCAGCAAUGCUAGCGGAGACAGUGGGGAUUCUAACCGAUGGAGCCACUAUUGAAGAGCGGCCUACAAAAUGGCUGGCUCUGAUUGAGUCUGGCUUCCGACGCUCAAGAGAAGACGAAAUAUACUCUUCGUUCAUUGAUCGAGCAUUUCAGCGCCCACCAGUGUUCGAUAUUGAUGAACUCUUGAAAAUAGCCGAGGCCCGCACUGCCAAUGCACAGGAUCAGCUAUGGCUACUUCAAACAGAGCCUUCCCACGUGCAUCGGGAAUAUCGACUUCUGCAGGACUCAGAAUACUUUAGUGUCGUGGUUCCUCAACUCUCAGGUACUGUUGAUGUUGAGAAAUAUAAUUUGAUUGGCAACAUCCUGUCAGUAGAGUCAACAGGGAGAUUUAGUGAAUGGAACUGUGUUGUGGAAGAAUGCAAGCACGUAAGAGAGCAGCUCAAUGGAUGCGGUGGACAAGUUCAGCUUGGUAAGCCCCUACCAGAAAAGUACAGUCAGGCUGUUUCUUGCCUUGAAGCUGCUCUUGAAUCUAUUUUGUGGCGUUGGACAAGAGACGUUGCGAGUCUGUUACCGAAGCUCCGUGGAUUUGCAUCCUGCUACGACCAUGUCUUGUUGGAUAUCCAGAGAGCCAUGACAAGGACGACUGCUAAGCGCCUACCAGAUUAUGACUGCUAUAAAGAGGAUCCCUUGUUCUGGUGUCUUUACUUGAUCGUCUACCACGAUGAUAGCUUAGAGAGCUCGUUUGAGCCGCCAUUCGUCUUUGCCUUCCUUGGUGACCUGGUUGGCAAUGACACCCGGGUCGAUAAGAACCGGCUUGAUCAACGACUCAUGGACGGACUGGCCGACAUUGGCGCAAUAUGGGAAAUGAUAAUGGCGAUACGCUAUCAUCGGCCUUCAAGAUACCGGAUGGAGACACUGCAAGCAUUGGAUCUGGGUUCUGCUCGUGCAGGAUGCAGACGUCUUGCACUUGAAACAAGGAGGUUGCGAGGAACGCAGGUGUUUCCUAAUCAGAUGUCCUUGAGUGUGAAGCCACCGUUGCAGCUCUUCGUCGAAUCUUUCCGGCCAGGCGAUGGAACGAAGGAAAAUGACAGACAUGAAAGACGGAUGGCAUCACGAAGGCUCCUGAAAUCCUUUUGGGACGCAGCUCGCGACUUCCAAAGGCAAUACCUGGGAGGCAUUGGUCUCUCGACGGAGGAAAUCCAGAUGCAUCUGGCGUCGAUAUCCUUCGAUCUAGCACCAGAGUAUUUGGAGUCGUUGGAGAAAAGGAACCAAAAAAUCCCAUCCCCCGUACAUGUUGCCCGGAGCUUGACCGGUUCAGAAGCUUCGCAGUGCACCUCGUGGGACGUCUCACAGGAACAAAGUUCAAGAUUCGUAAAUGUUGGGCCUGUAAAAAGCAAGAUGAAGCGUCGACCAACUCCAAGAGAAGACGACGUCGAGGCUCCCCUGCCUGAGGCUGGACCCGCCGCCAACGAAGACGUUCAUGAUCAUGAAUCUGAUUCUACAGACUCCAGAAUCGAGAACAUUUUACUUGUCACGCCGGAGAGUUUCAAGAUCUUCAUGGAUAUGUUUCCUUCCAAAGACCUCGACUCCCAGACAGCUAAGAAAGGUCUCACCGACUGGAAAAAAUUCGUUGGUGCAAUGACCGAUGCUGGAUUUGUAGCCAACCACAAUUCCGGCUCAGCGGUUACAUUCAUCAGGCAGUCAGGGGGAAGGAUCAUUUUUCACAAACCGCAUCCAGUAGCCAAGCUUGACAGGCAUGUGUUACUGGGUUACGGUAAGCGGCCGAGGAGAUGGUUUGGAUUGGAUCAGGAGAGCUUCCAGGUCGCUCCAAGGGCAGGUACGUAG